AUGGACUUCAGCCAGUCCCUGUUUCUGCAGAGCAAGCGACUGGCGAUCGAAUGGAAGUCCAAGAGCAUGGACGACGCAGGUGCAUUGCGGUGGUGCCAAUGGGCCAGUCGUGCCAUUCCAGCCUUUGUACACGAGAAGCAGCUGAGAAAGCCGGCAGAGGACACACUCCUGGCAGCGAGCAUCGUGGAUUUCUCCGGAAACAACAUCGGAGACAGAGGGUGCCACGGCAUCCUGUCACUGCUCUUUCAGCUCCGUAUCGCUGCAGACAAGCUCAAGCUGCACAAGAAUUUGCUCGGCAGAGCAGCGGCUCAGACUCUGAUGCAUUUCUUGGGCCGUACUGAGCAUCCACUGAACGAGCUACAUCUCUCGCACAACUACAUCACGCGAGAGGGGGCCGUGGACAUCCUGAAGGGUGUUGCAUGGAACCCCAGAUAUCCUGGGACGCUGCGUGACAGCGUCGGCCGCCUGAAGUAUGUGCCUCUGUGGCUACGCUUGGAGUCAAACAUGAUCUCCGACGCAGAGGGCCUCCUCAUCCAAGCAGAGCGCAAAAUGCAAGAUGCGCGGCGGACAGUUGCCGAAGGACACCACGUAGCAGUCACCUCCGACAAGGCGAUCUGCGAGAUUAGUGACAUCGCGACGGGCUACUGCUCUGCGACGCGAUGUGAUCAUGCCAACGGUACUCACUGCGCGAUGGUGCACCUGACCUACCCACGACAGCAACGCCUUCCCUUAGAAAAAGUCAAAGUUCCAGCAGAGGCAAAAGCCUGGCAGGAUCGCCCAAACGAGGCCUCCUUGUGGACCUUGGGUGGUCCGAAAGCAGUGCCUUCGCGGCCACCGAAAUCGAGCACCGCAGAAGCCUUGAACGGCGCUCCACCCAAAAAGGCUGUCCCGGCAGCUCCCUGGGCGAAGGCGGAGGCCAAGAAGGCUUCUGCCACCGCAGCUCCGACAGCUCCCGAAGAGGAAAGCCCCUGGGAUCCGAUGGGCGACGCUGGCAGUGAAGUCGAUUUGCAACCUUCGCUGGGCAGAUCCAUGCUGUUAGUCCAUGUUGGACCCCCGGGUCUCCAAGCCCCUGGCCACAACGUCGAGCCGCUAUCGAAACGUCCUCCGGAGGCGGCUCCGAAGCAUGCCUGGCAGACUGACAUCCAGCACCCACCCUGCAAAGCGCCUCCUAUCCUAAGCGAGGUGUCAAGUGAGGUCCAGGAGCCAAAGGCAGCGGUAGCCAGUGCACCUGGUCCAAAAGUCGUUUCGAAGGCUCCGCCGAAAGGGCCGACUCCCACUUUGAAGUGUCCUCCAGCAAAGGUCCACGCCGUGGAAAGGUCCAGCGAAGCGCUUGUCCCACCACCGUGGGCGAAGCUCCCAGGGUCUCAGGAAGCGGUGGCAGCGGCCCAGCCGAAGAUGAAGCCUCCGCCUCCAAAACCGUUGCACGCUGGGCCUUCUGGGCAGGCGCCGCCGCCGCAACCACCGCCCCCUCAGCCGAAGUUCGAGAAGGCAGACGAGGAGGAGCGGCCUGGCUGGACCAGAGCGGAGUGUCUGCUCCUGCCCCCGAUGGCCUCGAGCCCUGGCCCUGAACUCGAGACUCUGCAAGACGCCGAGCCCAGCACCAGGGCGAGCUCCUGGGCCUGGGAUGGCUCUGAGCCGGCUGCGCAGCUUGAAGAGCGGCUUCGGCCGUCUUUCCGGCGACCCCGCCCGGGCCCAGGCAUUCGAGCCGGCGCCGGAACGGUGAGAUCCCUGCUGCACGGCGGAGGCCGCAUCUUCAACGAGGACCCAAGACUUCCGCGACCAGCGCCUGCUGUCAGGACGCUCGCAGAGGAAGCCGUCGUGGGGGGCAUCGAGGAGCUCUUCGCUGAGUUUCGCGGCACGAAGGAGCAGUUCCGCAAACUCGUGGAGGUGGCUUUGGAGCGCUGCGCCGUCACUGACAGUUCUAAUCCGUGA